UUCUAUUCGUUGCGAAUUCGCACUUCCAAUAUUACGCUGUGACGUGUCACUUGUCAAAAUCGGUUUUAAAGGUUAGGUAAUUCAAAUUUUGUUAUUGCCACAUUAUGUUAAUAAUUGAACUAGUUUAAAGCUGUUAUUUGACUGUGAUUAAUAAUUAUCACAAUUUUGCUCACAAUAUCGUCGGAAAAUGGACAGUAGCCUAAGUAUCAGCAAUUUCAGCAACAUUUGUCGCACUUGUCUUGUUGAAAAUGCUGAACUGAAAGAUAUUUUCAGUUCGUCUGUAGACAAGUUGUUGAAAGAAUGCACCUCAAUACAGCUUCAAUCUGGAGACGGUUUACCAGAAUUUAUUUGCGAGACAUGCAUAAACAAAGUCAGUGAGGCUUAUUCCUUUAAAUUAUUAUGCGAAAGCAGCGACCAGACUCUAAGAAAUAUUCUGCAAAACUCUGUGUUAGAUGACGAUAAGGAAGAAAUGGGCAUUUUGGAAAAUUAUGAUGACUGUAGCAAUGCUGAUGAUCCUGUACUUGAAACAGUCACUGAUAAAGAAUAUUUCACCAAUUCUCAAGAUAAUCUCAAUGAUCAUUCCUACUUUGCCGAGGUUAAGGUUAACACGUUAGAUGAAUUAGAAGACAUUGAGUGCAAGUUAUGUGGUCAGACCGUACCAAAAAACCAAGAAAAAAGCCACAUGGAGUCGUGCCAUAUCGGCGAUAAUUACCACAUUUGCAAUAAGUGCAAAAAAGAAUUCACUGAUGUCAAAUUAUUGAAAAGGCACAUGAGGACGCACAAGUUGAAGAAAAACCACAAUUGCCCCACCUGUGGAAAAAGCUUUUACGGCGCUAAUGACCUAACAAUCCACAUCCGGGUCCACACUGGCGAAAAACCCCUAACUUGUACAGUUUGUUCCAAGGCUUUUGCCGACCCUAGAGGCUUGAACAGCCACAUGAAGACCCACACUGGCAAAAAACCGUACACUUGUAACACCUGUGGCAAAAGUUUUGCCCACUCUUUUGUCCUCACAACGCACAAAAGAACCCACACUGCCGAAAGGCCGUACGUGUGCUCCUCCUGCGGCAAAACUUUCAUUUACUCGCAUAAUUUGGCCAUUCAUAUGAGGUCACACACGGGGGAAAGACCGUACCAGUGCCAGCAGUGCUACAAAUCGUUCAGUUCAAGUUCCACACUUUCCGCUCAUAUGAUGACACACACGGGCGAGAAGAGGUUUGUUUGUAGCGUUUGUGGAAAAAAGGUUGCAAGGUCGGGGGAUUUGGCGAUACAUAUGAGGAUACACACAGGGGAAAGACCUUAUUCUUGCAAUUUGUGUUUUAAGCAAUAUAGGAUGUCGUCUCAUUUGUCAGCGCAUAUGAAAUCGCACACGGGGGAGAAAAAUCACGUCUGCAACACGUGUAAUAAGGCAUUUAGUAAUGCGAGGAUUUUAAGCUCGCAUAUGACUAUUCACACAGGGGAGAAACCGUACACGUGUGCAGUUUGUAAUAAAUCGUUUGCGCAUUACAGUUCCUUGUCGACUCAUCGAAAAAUUCAUAUGCACGACAAAAACCAGAAAAAGGAGUAACUACAUUACUUUAUUUGUAACGUGUAUAGGUAUAAAUAAAAUUGUGUUUGUAAAA